UCACAAAACAUUUCAGCACAUUUUCGAAGACACAUAUCGUGAGAAAUAUAGCCGUCCGCCCAAGAACACCGGGGGAGGUGCCACGGGAUCCUACAUUAGUCAGUCAAGAAUCAAGAAGGGUGAAGGCGGAAGAUGGGGAUCAAGAAGAAGGCGCCAGCUCGCGAAGACGGUUUUGCGAAGAGAGUUACCAGCAGCGACGACGACGACGAUGCUGAAGUAGGGCUGGACGCUUCGUUACAAGCGCUGCUGCAGAAACGACUGGAAGAACGAGGCGAGAUGUUCAUGAGCAUGUUCCAAGACGACGAGCGUGGCGAGUCAGCUCAGGGGCCACUCCAACCGGCUGCCACGUCAGCAAAUACGCCAGGUCAGACGAACCGGGCAACAUUGCAACCAGCAGCAGCACGAGCCGUUGAUCGAGCCCGAUCCAACGGCUCCACAGCAGCCACAGAAGCACCGCCAAGCACGACCACAGGUGGCAAACGGAAAGCAGAUAGUCAAAUUCGCAACAGGGUGGUCAAGGGAGUAGCGCCUGAGUGGGUGGGGAAGGGUGGUAUGUUGAAUGGAACAGCAGGGAAGAGAGAGGGUGCUGGGGCGCUGAAGGGAGAGCAGAGGGAGAGAAGGUCUAUGAUGGGGAAUGGGGGUUUGGUGGAGGGAGAGGAGGGAGGGAAGAGGAGGGGUGUGGUGGUAGCAGCGGCAAGUGGGCGUAGUAAUAAGAAGCCGCUACAGCAGGAGGAGGAAGGGGAGGAAGGGGAGGAGGAGGAGGAGGAAGAGGAGGAGGAGGAGGAAGAGGAGGAAGAGGAGGAAGAGGAGGAGGAAUGGGAGGAGGAAGAAGACAAUGAAGUGGCAGCGGAGGAGGAGGAAGAAGAGGAGGAAGAGGAGGAGGGUGGGCGUGUGUCUGGUCCGGAGGUGAUAGUGUUUGAAGAGGGGAGUAACCUCAAGAAGCGAGCAACACGUGUCAAGCUCUUAUUGGGCGGCCAGAUCAGCAGCAGGAAGGAGCGGAAACUGUUCAUGUCGUCCAAAGUGGCUAAUAUCUUCAAGGACCCGAAUGCGCCGGAGGAGGAGCCGGAGGGGUGGCGGAGGAGGCGCCGGGGGAGGGCGGUGAAGAAGGAGGAGGAGGACGAGGAGGAGAAGGAGACCCGGCUGCACAUGGAGGAGUACAUCGCGAUCGCUAGAGAGACGGAGCGACUCGGCGUGUCUACUAUGGAGUGGAACCAGCGCAAGCAGUGGGAGACCAACCACAUCGUGCGGCACCUAGGGGUCAAGCCGCCCAAGCGCAUGAGCAUGAACAUAGCCGCAACGGAGGGCUAUCGGUCAGUGCAGCGGAAGAAGCGACUGCGAGAGCUGGAGGAGGAAGUGGCGUCUGGCAUGAUUCAAGUGAAGGGAGCGAACCCUCGCGACAAGAAGAGCAAGCACCGGAGGCUCGGCCAGGGCACCCUCGCCCGACUCCUAGCCGAGGAGGAAGAGGCCAAAGAAGGCCGCCCGAGAAAGGCACGGGUGGAUUGGAGGGCAGAGGAGCGUGGGCUGAAGGCCUCGGAUGGGGAUUAUCAAGGGGGGGUGCUGCAUGUGGAUCCGAGGAAGUGGAAGAUUGGGGGGGAUGGGGGUGGGAGGAAGGGAGGGGUGAUUGGGGAUAAGGAUCUCUCGGGGUUUGGUGGGGGAGGGAGGAGGAAGGGGGGCGGUGGAGGGGGGAAGGGGAAGAGGAAAGGUGGAGGAGGGAAAGGGAGAGGGAAGGGGAAGCGGUCAAGAGGAAGGAGGUAGUUGUAUUGUAUUGUGCUGACUUUUGAGUCGACUCAGAAGUCACCUAGUUGUGGUUUUUUUUUGCCGGUGGUUGUGCUUUUCAUGCAGACAGCGUUGCAUGUAUGAGGCUACCCAUGUAUGCUUCCAGCAGUGUCAGAUCAAUGUACUUCUAGUGUCAGCAGUGUCAGAUCAAUGUACAGUUCCAGUGUCAGCAGUGUUAGAUCAAUGUAUUUUAUUAACAACCUAUUGCUUGAAAAGCCCAGCAACCUAU